CCGAGAGGUUCACCGGGGGACACGCACACCGUCUGCCCUACAUAAAAUGCACCCAUUGUAGGCCGAGGUGUCAGCUGAGGACGACUUGCAACCUAGAAACGGCGGUUUGGCCCCUCCUUCUCUUUGUCAGUCGUAUUGUAAACGUUAGCCCGAGGUCUUCUGAGGUAUUCUUUUUUCCGAAAAUAGAUCGUAAAACUGACACGGGCUGCAGAAGCGCUGUUUCAACCGUGCGAGCACGGUUUUCUCCAUUUUCAACAGCCCUUGUCGAGACCCCUCGCGAGUCUUUAUCAAAGGCGCUGUCCCGGGGAACUGUGCCCAAUGACAUCAUCCAAGCCUUUUGUAUACAGUUGCUAGGGGUUACGGGGUGACAUUUCAAACAGUCCUGCUCUCGACGUGUUCGAGAUACGCGCUCCCAUUUCUGUCUGAACACAAAACGGACUAAAGUUCGGUGUUUGUGUAGAGCUGAGGUAAUGCACUCGAUGGGCUUUCAUAAAGAGCGAACGAAGCCUUAACUGUGUGAGUAAGAAUGCUUCGCGGAAGUAUACUUCUCGCAACUUACUUUGUGUGUACAUCGUUUUUAGUAGCCUGCAACAACAUAAACUUUGUGAGAUGGCAGAUUCUGGUCUAGCAGAAAAAGUGCUGAUCACCGAGAGUGCGGAGACCAGGCGUGCUACCUCGGUGUUCACGGACCCUUACGAACGCUCUGUUAGCUAUAUGGAGACUCACAGUAUUCUUCAGAUUUUCCAGGACAUCACAGAGAAACUGGUGUUUGAUAGACCAGAUGAUCCACUUCAGUUCAUGUUAGAACAGGUACAAAUGAAGAUCAAAAUCCGUGAUGAGUCAAGAAACACAUUUGUGAAAUCAUAAUGAAUUCUAAAGCAACAAGCUUUGCGAUGAAUUGAAUCCAAGUUUAUACUAUUAUUUAUAUAUUUCUGUAAAUGAGGUGUAUCGGUUGCUGCAGGUCAUUCCGUGACUCUGCAUUGUUGUUUCCAAGCAACUGUCUUCAGAUUUUUUUUU